AAGCAGCAGAGACCACUGGUGCGCUCGUUCUGGGCUCCCUAGUGCCCUGGGGAGAGGACCAGGACGGAAAGAGCCUGGAAGCUGAGGAUUGUAACUCAUGGGGACUUUAUGCCAAGGUUGUUGCCUCAGAGAAAAGAGGUCUGGUCUCCUUGAAUCAACAACUCUGGUCUCUCCAAAAAAAAAAAAAAAAAGAAUCAGAGACAAGUGUUGAUCACAUGACGCAUCAGCUGUUGGACCCCGUCCAGGUGCCCUCAACAUAUGCACUCCUAGCCCCGCCUCCCUUCAGGGCAUUCGAACCACAGCUGCUGUCGGAGCCCCACUGAAGGGAGCAGGCCUUGUCCCUGUUUUUCUCUGCCCUGGGGACCCGGGAGGCCUGCGUCCUCCCCUCCUCCCCAGCCAGUGCCUUCCUCCCUGGCCCAUGGGGACGCUCGCAGCGAAACUGCUCCUGCCCGCCCUCAGCAGCCUGGCCUUCCUCCCCACCGUCAGCAUCGCUGCCAAGCGCAAGUUCCACAUGGAGGCCAUGGUCUACCUCUUCACCAUGUUCUUCGUGGCGGUCUACCACGCCUGCAACGGGCCCGGCCUGUCGGUGCUCUGUUUCAUGCGACACGACGUCCUGGAGUAUUUCAGCGUCUACGGGACAGCGCUGAGCAUGUGGGUCUCACUGAUGGCGCUGGCUGACUUCGACGAGCCCAAGAGGUCGACCUUUGUGAUGUUUGGCGUCCUGACCAUCGCGGUGCGGAUCUACCAUGACCGCUGGGGUUACGGGGUGUACUCGGGCCCCAUCGGCACGGCUGUCCUCAUCAUUGCCACGAAGUGGCUGCGACGGAUGAAGGAGAAGAAGGGCCUGUACCCUGACAAGAGUGUCUACACCCAGCAGAUAGGCCCCGGCCUCUGUUUCGGGGCGCUGGCCCUUAUGCUGCGCUUCUUCUUUGAGGAUUGGGAUUACACCUAUGUGCACAGCUUCUACCACGGUGCCCUGGCCAUGUCCUUCGUCCUCCUGCUACCCAAGGUCAACAAGAAGGCUGGAAGCGCAGGGCCCCCGGCCAAGCUGGACUGUCCUACCCUUUGCUGUGCCUGCAUCUGACUUUGCACCCCUGUCCUUUGACCCCUGUCCGCCGCAAGCCCCUGCCCUCCCCCGUCUCACUCCCAGAGAGAGGCCUCCUGUCCUGCCCCACCCCGAGCACCCAGGAGAAGCGUCUUUCCUCCGAGCCUGGGAGGUCCCUGGGGAUUUGGGGAGCUCCCUGAUGAGUGCCUUCUUGAGGGCCCAGUUACUAGGUUUCCACAUCAUGCUGGAAAGAGAAGAAUUUCCUCCCUCCUCCUCCCCCACAGUCAUGACCAAUGUUGUGUCUGCAGAAGCCCGGAGCCAGCGUGUGUCCCCCCAUCUCUCCUUCCCUCCUCACCCAAAAGUUUCGGCCCGGUCCCAGCCACAGAGGGGUUCUGCCCGCGCCCGCUCCUCACACCAUCUGUUUUCUCUUGGAAACACCACUUCUAUCCUGUGCCCUUAGGCUCUGAGUACAGAGGCCAGCGGGCGGCCAGCUCUGUCCCUGGCCCAGGCCUGCGUGGCCAGCCCUCCAGCCCGGUCCCUGAAUCCAGCCGUUUCAGGAACGGCGACCCCAGUGAGGCUCCUCUCUGUCUUGACCUUACUGUGCACCGAAGCUGUCUCCGCAGCCCUCGAUCUAACUCUUAAAGCAAGUCUGCAGUAACGCAUGCUCAUUCCGUUCUAAAGACAGCCCGAGGCUCAGGGGAAAUGGCGUGUGGGAGGCCCUGAGCCGGUGAGGGCAGAGCGGGGCCCCACCCCAGUCCGCUGGUCAGAG